GCAAGCAUCCCAUUUGCCCAUUUGGCUAUGGCAGGAGUUUCAACAAGAACUUCAGCUGCUCUUGCUUGUCCUUUCAGGCACAGUAUGGUCAAGCCAUCUGCCAUCGGGCGUACAGGGUUCGAUAGUAGCAAUGAAAGGAAGUCGGAAAGUGCGACCUGCUAUGAAUGGCAUGCGCGCCGUUGAGGAUAUCCGGACGCACUCAGAAAUCUCGAGUCCGCGGAAGCGCGAAGUGGGAGUGCUCGUCCACCACCCGCUUGCAUGGCGUGUCUUGUUGCCAGACGUGCCAAGGGUUAGGGGGGAUAGCCAAGUCGAUUCCUACCUCUCAUCCUCUCUUGCGCAAAUGGAUCUAGCCUCGCAAGCGUUGGAGGAUAUCCGAAGAGGCGUUGAGGGGGGACCUUGUGAGCGAGAUCUGAGAGAAGCUUGGAGGAGCGUGGCGGACGCCAAGCGUGCUUCUCUGCAGGAGCAAUAUGUUAUGGCGAUUGCCUCUCUUUCUCGCGCACAGACUUUGAGUGCCAUGUGCCUCAAUGCCCUGGAAGCCGACCAAUACAAGGGCGACAUCCUUCGCGGCUACACCCUUCCUAAGGGCAUCUAUAGGCUUGUGCAAACUGUCAUCGAGUACAUCGUAAAUUCUAAGGACUUUCUGAUUAAAACCUACGAGAUUGUUGGAGGAGAGAUGUCCCAACAGCAACCGCAAACAAAUGCUGCAUUUCGCGCACCGAUCGCCGAUGCUGCGAAAUCCAUUGCGGAUUCGAGAACGGCUGUCAAUUCACCUUUGCUCUUCGAGGCAUCCAAACCAACAGCGAUGACAGGGAGUCCUACGGUGGUGAGAGCCUCUGUCUCUCCAUUGACGGCAGCAGAGGUGGUGGUCGGCAACGGUCACGCUAAAGGGAAUCUUUCCGACCUCAGGCUGCCCGCUGUUUUUGAUGCAGCGAAGUCGAUUGACGAUUCGCUGAAUCCAGUUCUAAGCAUGCGUGAUGAUGCCGAGCCAUCUGGAGGAGGAUUCAGGGCUAAUUCUAAGGCAAAGACUUUGGGUGCUGGUGAUGCGCAAUUUGAUGAUCAUCAGUCUAGCCACAGUGGCGCAAGCUCCGCAGCAUCCAAUGAGAUGGAUGGUCUUGCGGAAGAUGAUGACGAUGCCAAGAAUAGCGCCCUCAGCAAAUUGUUGGUCAGCACACUGCCUGAUUCUAAGGCAAAGACUUUGGCUGCUGGUCACACUCAAUCUGAUGAUCGUCUGUCUAGCCACAGCGUUGCAAGCUCUGCAGCAUCCAACACCGCAGAUGGUCUUGCGGAAGAAGACGACGACGCCCAAAAUAGCGGAGCGAUGCAUUGGGGGAUCGCCGCCAAAAGCAUCAGAGAGUCAAACAAGGCAUCUCAGUCUGAAAGCACCACCCAGAUCUCCCAGGAAAUGGACAAAUCACCUGCUUCUGGAGGAGAUCGUCAAGGACCGCCGGUAGCUGGAAAGGAUGACCAUAAGAAUAGAAAAAGUGAGAAGAAUGAGGAUAACACAGAGGAUGUCGAUGUGGAAGGGCCUGUGCGGCGUUGGGGUGGGACCGGCGCAGGUGGCGGAAAGCGCGCGCCGAACAAGAAAGAUGAAAAGGUAGUAAUGGCACGAAAGCAUGGCGAUGAAUACGCUUGGUCGCGUCUUUCUACAGCCACCACAGAUGAUCAUGGAGACCUCCCCUCACAUCCUUCGCAAAACGAUGCCAGUGCCGUAAAGGCGAGGCCGGGUGCUGACACCUCAGCAACGAGGCCGGAAACUCCACCAGGUCAUGGGCCGGUGGCUGGUCGAACUCCGCCCCACCCGAGGAACGAUACGUCUCAUUUGGAACGGGCAGCAAAUUCCGACUUUUCAUUGAGAAAGCCGUCUGAGAAACCUAAGCCCGAAGAUGUAAAACGCAAUUCAGACGACGAGGAAGAAAAUAAUUGGGAAGGGUCAAAGGGAAACUCCAGCGAAGAAGAGGAGGAGGAGGAGACGGAGACAGUUUCGCACAAACGGAAGAAACCAAGCAAACCUGAACCAGACCUUGGUGUUCAUCCUGAGAAAGGGGAUUUCAUUGUGCGAAACUUUGUAGACGAGUGUGUGAAGUCGAAGGCAAACAUCAAGGGGCUAGCAGACUGUGGCUUUGGAUAUGGACGGAACGCGCAAGGAGGUCGCGGCGGCGAAGUGUAUGAAGUCACAAGCACUGCCGACAACCCAUCAAAACCUGCAGAAGGAACCUUACGGUAUGCAUGUCAGCAAGAGCGUCCUCUGUGGAUAAUUUUCACGGAAAAAGUGAUGAAUUUCAAGCCAAUCGAGCAGAUCAAGGUGUCUUCUCACAAGACAAUCGAUGGACGGGGUAGCAAAGUGACAAUCACGAAUGCAGGCCUGAGCCUCAAAGGUGUUAAGAAUGUCAUAAUACACAACCUUAUAGUGGAGAAGUGCAAUGAUGGCACGGACAUGGAUGCGAUCCACGUGGAGGGUUCUCAGCAUGUGUGGGUGAACCACUUGUCUCUUUCAGAGAGUGCAGAUGGACUCGCGGAUUUCACCCAUCAAUCCACUGAUGUGACCAUCUCCAAUUGUAAAUUAACCAAUCAUGACAAGGGUGUGCUUCUUGGCCAUGAUGACUCGAAGGUCGAGGACAGAGACAUGCGUGUAACUGUGAGCCAUAACUGGUUUGGACCUGGACUUAGACAGAGGAUGCCACGUGGACGGUUUGGGAUUAUCCAUGUUUUCAACAAUCUGUACUCCAAGUGGGAAAUCUAUGCACUGGGUGGCAGCGCCGGAUUCAUGUCGGAGGGUAACUAUUUCGACGCGGGUUCGUCCAAAGGCGUCACCAAGCUAAUAGGAGUAGGAGAUGUGCUCAAUACAGCAGUGUUUAUGUCCUACGGGGAUGCACUCCUGAAUGGGGCCAGGUUCGAAAACAUGUCGAAAACGGAAAAACGCCCUUUCGAUCCUGCGUACCCCUACAAGGUCCUCAUGCCAACCCAAGCUAUGGCGUCCAUGAUCGAAAACUCGGCGGGAUGGCAAGAUGUUCCCUUGCCCAGAUAAUUGACUAUUGUCUUCGCGCGAAUGGAACGCCUGGUUAUUAUCCCCGCAUCUAGACAGAAAAUUGCCCCAAAUGCUGCAGCUAUAAUGACCCUGCAUUCUAUUCAAAUGAAGACGGAUGGUAGAGAACGGCUUCUUUUGCCCCGAUCAGGGCUGCACAAGCACACACCGAGAACCACACUCUGCACUGUUUCAUACUUCGAAUGCUGUCAAGUAACGUUGACUACAACAUUGGGCAGAUACAGUCAAUGAAUGUUGACUUCCACA